AUGGACCAUGAAGACAUGAUUGAGAACGAAAUGGAAGUUGAGAUUGAAGACGAGAUGGCCGAUGGUGACGAGCAUCCAACAACAGAUUCCGAAAAUACAAGCCACGAACUCCUUGAUUUCCCAUUCUCUAUUCCCGGCAUAAAACUUGGCGAGUUGAGAUUAUGUUGUUAUUCAUAUAAAUCCUUCACCUUUUCCGGCUUUGAAUAUAAUGCGACCUCGUUGAAUACAACAGAAGAAGACACUGCAGAGAAAAUACUAGAUUUUCAUACAAAUAUGUAUGAUGAAAAAAUCAACGUUACCCCUAACAUUCCGCCCAAUCUUCUCCCAAUAAUACCACCCGCUCCUGCCCGCACGACCAGUACAUUCAAGCUAACGAAAAUCUCCGCUUACGUUCACGCCUAUAAACACGUUCUCAUGGGGUGCAGAUACAAUAAACAUACGAUUUCAUCAUAUGACCUGCGAACUGGGCUAAAAACGAAGACGAAUUCCAUUUCAUGGAAUCCGAUGGAAGCAUUCAACUUUACCACGAUACACAUUCGACAUGCGCAAAAUGAACGUAGUAUUGAAGAUUACGUGUCAACUGUUCUCGACGUUGAUUAUUCGCCAACUGGUGAAGAAAUAACUAGUAACAGCGUCGAUUCUAAAUUUUUAUUAUCAGUCUCAGAUGACGGCAAUGUCAGGUUAUGGAAAGCCUCUAAGAAACUAGGGGCGACGUUUAUUAUGUUGUAUGAAAACAGAAAAGUUAUCGAGAGCGGGCUUAUCUGGAAUAUUCUGAACAACUCAAAGCGCGAUAUAAAUAAAGAUUUGCCGAGAUCAGACGUAUUGCAAGACUCAAGUGACGAAGGAAGCGAGACAGCCACGAGGAAGCCAAAGCGAUCGAAUGCUUCAAAAUCUGCCGGCGGUCCCACAAGAUACGCUAUGAAGAGGUUGUCUGUAAAAGCGGUUACAGCAUACGAAAAGCCGCCGAUCAAGGAUAUUCCGCUCAAUAUGAAGACACCGUCAUAUACCCAAAGAGAUCAAGUCUAUGCAGCAGAAGAAACAAAUUAUGCUCGGCGCACAAAAACGAAAAGAGGAAAAUCUCACAUUCAAAAGAGCGAACAGUACCGUAUCAAGAGGGAACGCAAGAAAAAGAUUAUUGGAGGAGCAAAUAGAUAUAAAUUAUUCAUCUUCAAUCUCACUACUUAUUUUCUCUGA